AUCUCUAGAGAUCUGAUUGAUACCAUGAGCGACGAAUUCUCGAAAAGGUUUUUUGACUAUGUUGAUGAGAGGAAGAACCUAUACAUCGAUCGUCUCGCUGAGGCUGUCGCGAUUCCAUCCGUUUCCUCGGAUUUGGAAAAUCAUCUGGUCGACAUCAACACAAUGAUCGCUUGGACUAAGGGUCAUAUAGAGCGCCUCGGUGGAUUGACGGAGCUCGUCACCAACCCCGCAGGCACCGAAAAUCGCCCUUUGCCUCCAAUUCUGUGCGGUUCUUUCGUUUCCAACCCCCAUAAAAAGACUGUUUGUGUGUAUGGUCACUUGGACGUGCAACCCGCGGCAAAAGAUGACGGAUGGGAUUCAAAUCCCUUUAUAUUAACUGAGCGCGACGGAAAGUUGUACGGCCGCGGAAGCACAGAUGACAAGGGACCUGCAUUGUCUUGGUUGUGGGUGGUCGAGGCUCACCGGGAACUGGGUGUCGAGUUGCCAGUCAAUAUCAAGAUUCUUUAUGAAGGAAUGGAAGAAAGCGGUAGUGAAGGAAUUUUCGAGAUCAUUCAGAGAGAAUCUGCCCCCGGAAAAUUCUUGAAUGAUGUCGAUUUCUUUUGCAUUUCGGACAAUUACUGGCUCGGGAAAAAUAAACCAUGCUUAACUUACGGAUUAAGAGGAAUUGCUUAUUUCCAGCUGUCUGUCCGAUGCUGUGAGCAGGAUCUUCAUUCCGGUGUCUUGGGCGGAACGGUGUACGAGGCCAUGACAGACUUGAUUCAGCUUAUGGCAACACUGGUUGAUUCCAGUGGGCGAAUAUUGGUGGACGGAAUUAUGGAUGACGUUAAGCCAGUCACAUCAAAAGAAGAAGCCCUGUACAAUUCAAUCGAAUUUGAUGUAGAAGAAUACAAGGAAGAGAAUAAGAUCAAAUCAGUUAGCGACAAAUUGUUGCACAACGACAAGAAAAGUCUUUUAAUGGCCCGCUGGCGGUAUCCUACACUAUCUUUACAUGGAAUUGAAGGCGCUUUCUCCGGAUCUGGCGCCAAGACUGUCAUUCCGAGUAGGGUUAUUGGAAAGUUUUCUCUGCGACUCGUACCCGAUCAAGAUCCGGAAAAAAUCGCACGGCUUGUCAAAACACACGUAGAGCAAGAAUUUGCCAAGCUUGGCUCGCCCAACCGGAUGGAGCUAGAAUACUUUCACGGUGCAAAAGCAUGGCUGUCGUCGCCAAAUCACCCCAACUAUCAAGCUGCCGCUGCAGCUAUCAAGACCGUUUAUGGGAUGGAACCCGACUAUACUCGGGAGGGUGGAUCAAUUCCAAUCACAUCAACAAUGGAGGAUUCUACUGGAAUGAAUGUAUUGCUUCUCCCGAUUGGGGCGUGUGACGACAUGGCACAUUCCCAAAAUGAAAAAUACAACGUCAAAAAUCUAAUGAAUGGAAUUAAGGUGCUGGGCUUGUACUUGCAUGAAUUGGGGAAAAUCAAAGGUCCGAAACCGUCCGAUUGCCGUUGCGUACCUUUAACUCUGGAAGAGCUUUCUAUACCAGGUGCUUUUAUGAAAGGAUUCCGCUGCAAAUGUGAAAUUUGAAUGUUACAAAACCUAUACGAAAAGAGGCCAGGGAGGCAGGAUACAGCUUGCGUCUACUUCGCACGCCAUUAACUUUAUUAUCCUCACCUUAGCUCGAACAUCUAAGUUUUUAAGCCGAGCUCACCCUUAACACGAAAAAAGAACAUUGUCGAGUUUUUCAGUCGCGGAAAGAGCCACUGGGUAUAGAAGACAGGGGUCUCAAAGACUCCAUCAUUUGGGCCAACCGUAGAAAGCGUGACUUUGGGACUAACUUUCCCUCGCUUCAGCCUAGCGUCGGAAGGUGCAGACUCGCAUUUCGCCACAGCUCCGAUGGUCUGACUGAUGUUGAAUCUAAUAGUUUUGAUCGCAUCCAUCACCUGCGCUCCCGAGUUAGGUAAGAAUGUAGAGCAGUCACCAAUAGAAAACAAUUUGCCGGCGGUUCCUUUGACUCGAAAGUAGUCGUCUGUCUCAAUCCAUCCCUCUGCAUUGAGUGCUUCUGGGAAG